UCGAGAUGGUCAGCAGAGACCUAAUGUCUCUUUACCUGUUUCUGUCCACUACCAGCCGGCUUACCGUGGGUUGCAUUUCUUGGGCGACACGACUUGGCAGGCAACUAAAUAACUGUGCUACUGCUUGCCCCAGAGUACUCGGUAUAAAGAGUCAUCUAUGCUCCACUACCUUUCUUCCUUACGGCCUUCGCCUACUCCUGCCAGUGGAGACUGUUCAUACCCUUGGAUAUCGUCUAACAGAGUUCCGAUAUGUCACGUGCUUCAGCAGGGCGAAUAUUUGCCGGGCUCCUACUCACUCUGUUCGUGUUGUCCAGCACGGUUUCUGCGUGGCCAAGCUAUAACUUGCACAAUUCCCGGCACGCGAGGCGCCAAUCGUCAGGUGAAAACCCACCAUCUGAUGGAGCGGAGCAGGAUCCAUCAUUCAACGAAGAGUAUGACUUCAUCAUUGCGGGUGGUGGAACGGCAGGUCUGGUGCUUGCAAACCGUCUAACGGAGUCUGGGAGGUUCUCGGUCCUUGUGCUUGAAGCUGGCCCAAACCCAGAGCAGGUGCGCGCGUACGAAACUCCUGGUGGCAACCAGUUUAUCAAAGGCAGCGUAAUCGACUGGGGAAUUGAUACACAGCCGCAGAGGCACUUGAAUAACAGGACACUUCAGUACCUUCGCGGAAGAACGUUGGGCGGCUCGAGUAGCACGAAUGGACUGUAUUACGCCCGUGGAUCCGCGAGCGUGUACGAUCAAUGGGUCGAACUUGGAAACCCUGGCUGGGGCUGGGAUGAUACCUACGAUUUAUUCCGCAAAAGUACAAAGAUGAACCCGCCCAACUCGACUGAAGAGCUUGCUGCUUUUAGUCAAGACUUCAAGACGUUUGAUGCCAGCGCUUAUGGAGGCGGCCCCCUCGAGCUCGGUUUCCAAGGCUAUGUACCUCCUUCAACGGACGGCUUCAUUGUCGCUUGCUCUGAAGCAAUGAACAUUCCUAUCGUUCAAGAUCUCAACACUGGAGAUGGUGUGGGCAUAAAGCAUGGAACGGCAACUGUCAACAGUAGGUUACGUCGGAGCGGCAGCUACGACAGCUUUUAUCAGCAAGCGAGGAACCGCACAAACUUGCGAGUACUUCACGAUGCCCCGGUCACUGGAAUUGUUAUGAGCACCCCACCAACUAGCAACACUACCUCCACGAACUCAACCAGCAACCCACGUGCUCUUGGCGUCAGCUAUAUUGAUCAGCGAACUGGUUUUGUCAGCCAAGCUAGGGCGCGGAACGAAGUCAUCGUGAGCAUGGGUGCUUUCCACUCUCCACAGCUCCUGAUGGUAUCUGGUAUCGGGCCCGCCGCUGAGCUUGAGAAAGUCGGCAUUGAGCCCGUCGUUGUCAACGAGAACGUUGGCCAACACCUCAACGACCACUCGGUUUUCAGCAUCAUGGCGCGUGCCGAGCCUUCUGCUUCAACAACAGAGAUGUCCAGCUCGCCCGAAAAUUUGCGAGAAGCACAAACCCUGUUCUACACCAACCUGACAGGCCCAUACACGGCACCCUCUGGAAUCACAAAUGGCUUCCAAAAGCUCACUGAGCAACAGUUGCGCGACAUCAAUGCCUCUGCCAUCAUUGACGCCGGCCUUGCAAACCAAACACAUAUCGAGUACCUAUUUGAGUCUGUCUGGUACCCGUGGAUCCCGACACCGUUCUGGGCCCCCUUGCCAAACGAGUCGUACAUCUCGAUCACAGCAUCCAGCAUGGUGCAGCUAUCGCGCGGCACCGUGACACUACGAACAGCAAGUAUGUCCGACAAGCCGCUCGUGGACUCGAACUACUACGCCGAUUCCACAGAUGGCGCCGUUGGCAUCGCAUCCUUCAAAUUCUUGCGCGAAAUUCUGCGCCAUCCCGCACUGCAGGAGUUCACCAUCGGCGAUUUCUCUGGUGAGGUGAGUCCCGGUCCGGCUGUGGCAGAUGAUGAUGACGAGGCGAUCUUGGAGUAUAUUAAGGCAAACACGAUUCCCAAUUGGCAUGCUACAGGUACGAAUCAAAUGCUGCCCCUCGAAGACGGCGGGGUUGUGAAUCCAAGACUGCAGGUCUACGGUGUGGACUCAUUGAGGGUGAUUGAUUGCAGUGUUGUUCCGGUCUUACCGGAUGCUAACAUCUUGGCGUCAAUCUACAUGCUUGCGGAGAAGGGCGCGGAUAUGAUCAAGGAGGAUUGGGAGGAUGUUGGGUUCGAGAAGCGGCGAAAGUGA